GAGAGGUGAGUUGGGGGAGAGAAGCUCUUGUGUGAGAAGGAGAGAAGAGAGGGAGAGAGGCACUCACUUUCAGUCGCUCUCACCUCACCAGUACCACUACGUCCAUCCCCACCACCACCACCACCACUACAGCAAUAACAGCAACGCAGAGAUGACUGGCACCAUCACAGCCAAUGAAGAUUUCGAUGCCGAGAGGUCAUGCCUGAGGUUCCGGAAGGCGAUGAAGGGAUUGGGCACUGACUUUGCUGUCAUUACGAGGGAGACUGUGACGCACGAUAACCUCCAGCGGCAGAUGAUCCGGGAGGCUUAUAAGAAGCACGGCAGGGAUCUAAUCAAGGAUCUGAAGGAGGAGCUGGGAGGCACUUACGCAGACACAAUUCUUGCCAUGUUCGAGUCUCCGUAUGAUCUGGUGGUGUCCGCACUUCACUACGCCUUCAGGAAUGCGGGCACGAACGAGAAGGCGCUGACUGACCUUCUAUGCUGCCGCACCUCCGAGGAACUUGCAUCUCUAAAGGAACGUUAUGAGAAGAGGUACAACAAGACUCUGGAUGAUCAAAUGGAGUCUGAACUGAGUGGAGAGUUCCAGUUACUGAUGAGAAGUCUGGUGGCAGCGGACAGGGACCAGAGCCAGACUGUGGAUGCUCCAAAGGCUAAGAAUGAUGCCCAGAUGCUGUACGAUGCAGGGGUGGGCGUUAAGUCUGAGGAUGACACUGAAGACUUUAUCACAAUUUUUAACACGAGGAGUUACGCGCAGCUUCAAGAGACCUUCGAAGAGUACCAUAGACUGGCAGGGCAGCCCAUUGAGGACGCCAUCGACACGGAGUUCAGUGGGGAUAUGCGCAAAGGACUCCUGGCCAUUGUUCAACGUGUGCGGGACCCUCUUGGAUUCUAUGCGGAGCGACUAAAUCAGACGAUGGCCGGGCUGGGUACAGACGACAAGGCACUCAUCCGCAUAAUUGUGUCCCGCUCGGAGAUUGACCUGGCAGAUAUUAAGGAAUGCUACAAGGAGAAGUAUGACAAGGAAUUAGCGGAUGACGUGAGGGACGACACCAGCGGGGAAUACCAGAAGCUGCUUCUUGCUAUCAUUAACAACUAGCAAGAAAGCACUGCGAACAGCCUAGCAACACCACUACGGAGGGAGUCACAAUCUUUCUCACAACUAGGGAUACACCAAAACCUACCUUACUAUUAAGGAUUAGCAGUAUUAAUGAGUCUUAAUCUUUUCACUACGAUAAGAAACAAUUCACAUCACUAAAAGGAACGACUAGAAUCAUAACAGAGCAGGUGAGUAUGUCUUAAGAGUGUUUGAUGAUCGAGAUAGAUGUAUUGAAUAGAAUUAGAAUGUUGAAGGGAAACAGCUUAAGUAAUGGACUUACCCUCAUCAUUACUUGUUUGUAACAUUAUCAACACCACAUAAGCGUUACAUGCCAUACUGAUAAAGCAACACCAGUGACCGAAUAAUAGAAUUCGUUAUCACAGGCAAAUAACAACACCCGACAUCACUGUAGCUAUAAUCGUCAAUAGCACUUAAGAGGAACAGAAGAGCUUCUUAUCAUCACCAACAUUAUAAAACCACCAAUACAGUCACCGUUAUAGAAAGUAGAGCGACAAACCACACUCAUCUACACAGCGUUUGGUGUUUGCCUCAAUAUGAAGGCCUCGGAUCUGCUGAGAUCACUUGUUGAGUUACGAGACUUCUGAACAUGAUUGUGUUAGAACCUGCUGUCCUCACAGGCUAUAAAAGCACUAACAUCACCAACACUGGGAAAUAUUAACAAAAUAAAUCGUCACUCUUGUUCUUAGCUAUUGCCACCAUCACCACCAACACCACCCCUAUCACCACCACUAUCACCAUCAACAUCUUCAAGAAAGAUCGUUAACUACAGAAUCACCAGUUGUUGCUAAGCUUUUUGACACCAGAAUUACUACUUUCAACGAGCCAGUUGACUGACAAGAUAAGCGAACAAUGAAUAAAGAAACAAGUGAACCACCGUUUUUUACAUAUCUAUGUAGUAAUUGAUUUAGUUAAUCUAGGAAGGCAUUAUCCGCACAACAUGAUGAUCAAGAGUUGAAUUAGAAAUGUAACAUAGUGUUUCCUUGCUAGUUUAUUUAUCUAUUUGUUUGUUUAGUGGCGCCGCAACAAAGAUUGCAGAUUGUCAUAAUAGUUCUCAAAGCUUUAAAGAAAGUGCCUUAAUGAUGUCAAUAUUGAUAUAAUUAUUGAUACCAAUAUUGUAUUGUGGAGAGAAAGGCUUAGAUUUUCAGUUAAAUAUCUCUUUUGCCCCA